AUUCAUUCUGGCUUCUGCCUGUGCUUCACGAUGCCCUUAUUGCGUGUGCGGCAUUUGAGCGGAGAGCUUUGUGCUGAACUGGUGGUCGAGCCAUCAUGGACUGCAGAGCAACUGCGAACAAAGCUGAAGGCCUUCGUUCCAGAGAGAGAACAGCGACUUCUGAGCUCCCAAGGUGUAGAGCUCUUGGGCCCAGAGCGUCUGGAGAGUCUUGCAUCUGAAGAGGUGACUUUGGUGCGGCGCCCCCCGGAGCAAGCGAAAUGGCUUCAGCUGGUGGAGCAGAACCCGCGGAAGUUGCACCGAGCUCCUCAGGAAAUUCGCAACGACCGAGAGGUUGUCAUGCGGGCCUUGGAGCACUGCGGGGGUGUCCUGGAUGCUGCUUCCUUGGAGCUCCGCGGGGAUGCGCAGCUCGUCUUGUUGGCGAUGAAGUGGAGUGCUGAGGUUCUCUCGUUUGCUGCGCUGAGACUGCUGCGGUGCCGGGACUUUGCACUGCAGGCAGUCCAGUUGGAUGGACGCGCGCUGGAGUUCAUCGAUGAAGGAUUCAGAGCUGAUCAUGAGGUCGUUCUUGCUGCAGUGAGCCAAUAUGGCUUCAUGCUGGAGCAUGCUGAUGCCAGCUUACGCGCUGACCCGGAAAUUGUCAAAGCAACUGUGAGACAGACUGGGAUAGCUCUUCAAUUUGCUGCAGAGGACAUGCGCAAAGAUCGUGAGAUUGUCCUGGAAGCUGUAAGGCAAAAUGGCUUAGCUUUGGAGUUUGCCAGCUUGACGCUUCAGCGAGACAGAGAGGUGGUGCUUGUGGCCGUCCGCCAGGAUGGCAGUGCUUUGCAGCUCGCACCAGAUGAGCUUCGAGCCGAUCAGGAGGUGGUCCUGGAGGCUGUGAAGAAGAAAGGUGCUAUGCUGGAGUUUGCCUCUGAAGCUCUAAGAGCGGAUCCUCAAGUGGUCAAGGCAGCUGUGCAGACCUCGGGCAUGGCACUUCGCUUUUGUGCAGAGCCCCUGAAGGCGGAACGGGAUAUAGUGCUCCGGGCAGUCAUGCAGAAUGGCUCUAUGCUGGAGCACGCGUCAGCGGCGUUGCGAGGCGACCGUGAGGUGGUCCUUUGCGCACUGCAUGCGGCUGGACGGGUGCUUCACUACGCUGCGAUUGAGCUUAAGGCCAGCGUUGAUGUGUUGCUACCACUUUUGGACCUACACGCCACAGUGCUGCGGGCUGUGUCUGUGGAGCUGCAAAGCGACCUGGAGAUCAUGAACCUUGCCAGGCAAAACAUGGAGCGAACACUGGCUGAAGGGGCAGUGGAGUUGAAAGAGAUGCCAGCCACCAGGAUCCUGAGAUCCUCAGGACCAUGGUCAAGCAACAUUGCUGGGAUGUUCUACAGUGUCCACCACGCUGUGUCCAGAACAAAGAGGUGUGCGCAGCCUGGACACACGCAGCGAAUGAGAUGGAUGAGGAUCUUGAGAUGGAAAUGCUUCUCACAGAAGUCCCAAAGUCAAAGCCCAAGCGUCGUCGCUGUGGAGAAAGGGUCUUGCUUUCUCCAGUCGUUUCCAGCCGUUGAUAAGUUAAGACGGAACAUGAUUGUACAAACAUGUGCAAUCCACAGACUUUGAACCAAUAGACGUACCUUGGUCUUAAGCACCCUCAGUUUCUGGAGCUCAAGCAGACAAUCUGAGAAAGAAAGAGUGACAAGAGAACGGUUCGAACUCGGGAACCUGGACAAGUGUUUUCGCGGCAGAUCGCAUGACACCAAACUCACCAACACUUUGGUAAGAAGUAGUUUGUUGUCCAAGCCUUCUUGCCUGAAUGAGGCGGUUAAGAAUCAAGAAAACGCCUUGGGCUAUUUGGUUGGGGUAUGUUCCCCCAAGCACAAGGAUGUCCUGACGGCCUGACAGACUCGGAGCUGGCUUAGCCUGCGACGAAUUUGUUUGCAGGUACUUGAUCAAAAGCCCUCUGUGGAGAAAGGCACUUCGGCACUUGUCGCUG